GCUGGCUGACGGGCUGGCUGAUUACGCUGAUUAACCGGACUCUCGCGACGGUGGAGAGUUGUUCUCGUAGUUGAUACAACAGAAUCUCGUUCAGUUCGCAGCAGACAGUCGCGGGUAUCAGGUCAAAGGCACAACCACCGGUUAAAAUUCCACAAUCAUCGUACAAAUUCCAUUGUUUGAAAAGAGAUAAGCCUUUCAAGUUUGGAUAUUGUUAAAAUGUUAAGAAUCUCGAGCUUAGCUUUGAGCAUCUCACCAAAAAGAUUGUUCCACAUAUCGCCGAAAGUUUUGCGCUCUUCGUCUGGGAUCGAAGUCCAAUCGUUAACCGCCGAAGGUAAUCAAAGCUAUGUACACAACGCGGAUGCACAACCACUGCUGUACAGGAACAUUGGUCAGCAUGUUCGGCUAGCGGCGGAAAAGUAUCCAAACAAUGAAGCAAUGGUGUCCUGCCAUGAGGCUAAGAGAUUUUCAUUUUCCGAUGUUAUGGAAAAGGUUGAUCGUUUAGCCAGCAGCCUUCACCUUUUAGGAUUGGAAGUAGGAGAUCGCGUAGGUAUUUGGGCGCCCAACUGUUCUGCCUAUUACUUAUCCAGUUUGGCAAUUUCCCGAGCUGGGAUGAUCGCCGUGGGAAUCAACCCGGCUUUCCAACUGCCCGAAGUUGAGUAUGCGAUGAACAAAGUUCAGGUCAAGGCUCUGGUCACCAUUGAAAGCUACCGUUCGCAGAAAUACUACGAAGUACUAUGCCAACUGAUGCCGGAACUUGCCGAAAGUUCCCCUGGAAAAUUGAAGUCUUCCAAAGUUCCGUCUUUGAAAAUGGUCAUUGUGGAUACGGAGUCGAAGCGGUUACCAGGAACCGUGACCUUGAACGACAUGCUGCAGAUGGCUUCCGAAGAAGAAAUAUCCAAAAUCGAACCACUUCAACCGCUUAUCUCUCCGGACAGCGGUGCCGCCCUGUUGUUCACCUCUGGAACAACCGGCCAUCCUAAAGCCGCCCUAUUGUCCCAUUUUGGACUGGUCAACAACGGCACACAUUCAGCGCAUCGCCUUGAGCUGGAUCGCAAACAGCAUCGAAUUUGUCUGCAAGUACCUCUCUUCCAUGUGUUUGGAAUGUCCCUUGGGUUGAUGGCUUCAUUCAACUAUGGCACCGCAUUGGUGUUCCCAUCGGCAGGCUUUCAGGCCAUCGCCUCCCUGAAGGCUAUUACAGAAGAGAAAUGUACCAUGGUUUACGGAACUCCAACGAUGUUCGUGGACUUGCUGAAUGAACUUCAAAAGGACAAAAGACAGCUACCGCCGAUGGAUUUUGCCCUCAUUGGAGCCUCCAGCUGUUCUCCAAACCUAAUAUUGGAAGUGAAAGAAGGUUUAGGUGUUCGAGAAGUCCUGGCCGGAUACGGAAUGACUGAAGCAUCCGGAGCAACGUUCACUUCCGGUUUCGGGGACAAAACGGAAGUAGCUCUGUCUACGGUCGGUAAACUUUUCGAGCACUUUGAGGCGAAAGUUGUUGACCAUGAGGGGAAUACAGUGCCCUUUGGAACAGCUGGCGAGUUGUGCCUGCGAGGUUAUGGGACCAUGCUGGGCUACUGGGAAGAGGAACAGAAGACGAAGGAGGUAUUGGGAGCGGAUAAGUGGCUGAAAACGGGUGAUCAGUUCGUGUUACGUCCCGAUGGGUACGGGACGGUGGUUGGUCGAAUCAAAGAGGUCAUCAUCAGAGGAGGAGAGAACGUCUAUCCAAAGGAGAUAGAAGAUGUACUGGACACACAUCCACAUCUGCUGGAAGCGUAUUGCAUUGGGGUUCCCGAUGAACGGUUGGUUGAAGAAAUUUGUGCUUUUGUGAGAGUCAAAGAAACGGUACCUGAUGAAGCAGUGAACCUAGAAGAGAUUAAGCAAUUCUGCCAAGGAAAGCUGGCUAAUUUCAAAAUCCCUCGACAUCUGAGGAUAGUUGAACAGUUUCCAAAGACGACCUCGGGAAAGAUUCAGAAAUUUAAAUUGUUAGAAACGUUUAUGGCUGAAAAUAAAGUAUGAGCAACUAUUUAAUCAAU